AUGGCGAUGGGUUCAGAGGCAGCACGUGGUUCAGUCGAAGAAGACGGUUCCAAAAUAAUAGGUGGUUGGGGUACAGACGACAUAAUUUGUUGCUCGGUUGUAGACUGUACAAUCGAUUCUUUGACAACAGACGGUACUGGUUCUGGUUCUACUAGAGGAAGCUCAACCGGAGCUGUUUCACUAGAUGAGACAUUAUCACUCCCCCUUGCAACAGGCAUGGGAGGAAUCAACCAGUCCUCAACUGUGUCCGGAGAGGAACAAUACACCGUUUCGGUCGUAAGCAACAAAGAUAUCAGGAAGAUCCACGAUCUGCAGCGGGAGGAGAAGACAAUGGAUUAUCUAGGGAUUGAUGUGAGCUGUGCGAUCGGAUCUCUCCGGGGCGGUGAGUUCCCGGCGAAAGAUUGUCUUCUUCCACUCAUUUCCAAGCUGCUCGGUUACUGCCUCGUCGCUGCUUCGAUUACCGUCAAGCUUCCUCAGAUAAUGAAAAUCGUGCACCAUAAGAGUGUAAGAGGCCUAAGUAUUGUAGCAUUUGAGCUCGAGGUGGUUGGCUAUACAAUUUCCCUUGCUUAUUGUCUGCACAAAGGCCUUCCCUUUUCGGCUUUUGGUGAAAUGGCGUUUCUUUUGAUCCAAGCUUUAAUCUUGGUUGCUUGUAUCUAUUACUUUUCCCAACCAGUCCCUGUAGCAACUUGGGUCAGGGCCCUCCUAUAUUGUGCUAUAGCACCAACUGUGCUUGCGGGGCAGAUUAAUCCUGCGCUUUUUGAGGCUCUUUAUGCUUCACAGCAUGCCAUAUUUCUGUUUGCAAGACUCCCUCAGAUAUGGAAGAACUUCAAAAACCAAAGCACAGGAGAACUUAGUUUCUUAACAUUCUUUAUGAACUUCAGCGGGUCCAUAGUGAGAGUUUUCACAAGCAUCCAGGAAAAUGCUCCACUUAGCAUUCUUAUGGGUUUUGCUCUUGGAGUCUUCACCAACGGAACCAUCCUGAUUCAGAUUAUCUUGUAUGGCAAGCCCACUGCAGAAAAAGAGAAGAAAGCCAACUGA